GUGUGCGUUUUAUCGUCCUCCCAUUUUAUCCCGUUCUUUUUCAUUCAUGCUUCAAGCAAAAAGCACAAAGGUUCGUCUGUUGUUGCCUCGCGACUAGGAAGAGCCACCAUUGGAUUGAAACUCUUGGAACUUGCGGAAGAUCGUCGGUCUGUGUUUUUUUUCAAUUCUUGCAUCAUUGAUACCGAAUUCGUUUGCCACGGUUUAGCGAACACUGGCUGUCAUUUUUAAGUCCGAAAAUGUGCUGCGAAAAGUAAAAAUUUAAUAGAUUAGCACGCAGUCUGACUGACGGAUUUUCUCGUUCGGGCGGAUAGUUGUGCGUUUUACUUUUUCGGUGAUUCGCGGAUGGUGUCAAUAAAACAACGGUGGUCUUCUCGAGUGUUUCGGUGAAAAUUGGACGAAAAUUUAUUGUUUUUAACUCUCAGAAAAUCGAGUCGUGUCGUAUUGGUCUUUCGUUUUCCAAAUGUGUAAAACCGUCGCGUUCGGGUAAUGUUCUGAAUCGGGAUUGUUUUUUGCCUUUCUAAUUUUCCGUCGACGGUCAUUGUUUGGCAAGCGAAUGUCGAAAAAUCAGCCGUGUGUGUGGAUCAUCAACCUUUGCCGAUAAAGUCAAGCACCUUUUGUUGGUUUCUCGUAUUUCGAAAAUAUCGUAAACGAAAACGUCGGAAGUGAAUCGGAAGUUAGUUGACGUUUCUCCGGGAAACGGAAAAGGCAACCUGUCAACACCUGAACGCAGCAAGCCCUGCUCGUUCGAGGAAUCGGAAAGUGGUCAAUCUUCAAAAAUAAAUGAAUACUUGAGGCCAUGAGAAUGGAAAAUCGAAGGUUCUUCAACCAGGAAGGCAAGGAGGCGAGGAAUUUCUACCAUCUGUCUGACGGCGAUGAUGGAACCGUGGAACGAAGCUACAUAAAGAAACCUCCGAUGCACCUUCGGCCCCGUUCGAUCCAGAGCGCCUCCCAGAGCAAAUCAUCGGCAGCGAAAUCGUCCGCUCCCCGAGUUCGAUCCGCCUCAACCGGUCGGGAUAAAAAAUCGGAACUGCAAGCCCGCUACUGGGCGUUCCUAUUUGGGAACCUACAGCGUUCGGUCAACGAAAUUUACCAGACAGUGGAAUGUUACGAAAAUCUGCCCUCCUGCAUGGAGGUGAUACUGGUGCUGGAAAAUUACAUCCGCGAUUUCCGGGCCCUGGCCGAAUGGUUCAAGGUGUCCUGGGAUUAUGAAGCGACACCGCUGCCCCAACGUCCCCAGUCGUUGGCCUGGGAGGUUCGGAAGAGCAAUCCGGUGCCACGUGUUCGAAAACCGAUGACGAGUCCCGGAAUGUCCGGGAAAUCGAGUCCUAGUAUUUCUGGGAAAAAUAGUCCCUGCCCUCCGGUAGGUCAGGAAGAACAGCUGCAGGUUCAGUACCAAGCGUCUAGUGGUUUUAAUAAGUGUUCUCCGAAGAAGCACUUUAGUUCAACGGAAAGUUUGAGCACAAAAAAGGGUUCCGGAGGUUUUCCCGGUAGAAUUGGAACCUUUUUUAAGGGUGGUGUGGUUGAGAACGGAAACUGGGCAGCCCAUGAAAUUGAGCAACCGAUGGUGUGUAGCGGUUUGGAAAACUACGUUUUAAAAUUAGACCAAUAUACGCAAACAAACUUGGAUGAUGAAAAUUUAACGUUAGCUGAAUAUCUGGAGAAAUAUUGCAAAGGGGAAAUAAAGAUUCCUGAAGUAGUUGACAAAGAUAAGGAAGAACCUAAGGAAGAGGUUAAAGUUGAAGAGACUAUUGUUGCAGAAAAGAACGAAGAAUCGGAUAUGAUUAAACCUUCGGAAAAUGUAAAACCGGAGGCUCCAAAACCGUCAGAUAAAAGUGAUGCAAAUUUUAAGAAGCCGAUGCCGGUACCCAAAUAUGCAACUAUUGUGAACAAUGCUUUGAAAUCUAGUUCACGUCCUGUAGUACAGGCCAAAAACGUAGCGCCUGCUCGCCCCUCAGUUCCCCAAAAAUUGGGGAAGCCAACGGUAACAGCUACAGCAAGCAAUGUUCGAAAGUCAGCAACCAUGUCCAGUUUAACUCAAAGUCAGACGAAAACGGUAUCGUUACCUGCAAAAAGUGCAACUGUUUCGAACAUUCAUUCCUCUGCAUCAGCUAGGCCGGGACACAUGAGAUCAAUGCCCAACCCGAUUCGUAAUAAACCUGGCCCAUCAAACGUCUCGUCAAGGCUAUCAACACGAUCGAAAACUAUGAUCGAAAUCAAUGAUCGUAGGAAGCCUCCCUUGGCUUCUUCGAAGCUUUCCUUUUCUCGGAAAACUUCUCGAGAUGACGUCGAUAGUUCGAGUUCAACUCUCAAAGCAAGCACAGAUCGUUUGGGUUCGAGAAACUCGAUCAACGAGAGUUCAAAGAACCGUGCACAGCUGAACGGUCCAGUCACAAGCCGCAAGUCAGAACCAAAAAGCCUUCCUUCAGAUGUAGCAAAUAAUGACGGAUGGUUUACGGUUAAAACUAAACGUCGCUCUAGUCUACAUUGGGCCACACGAUUUAAUCAACCCAGUGGCUACGCAAGUUUACCUACUCUUUCUUUGCUUGAAGAAAAUGCCAGCCCUGAAGAAACGAGCAACGAAAGGAAAGAUUCGUCAGAAAAUGUUAAAACUCAUGAAAAUAAAUCGGGUCAAAAAUCCUCCAAACCAGUUCCGAUAACGUCUGCUAAACCAAAACCAUUACCAGUCAUUGCUAAAGCUAAAAAUGUAACCAGCAAACCUUCGGCCCCAGCAGCUUUGCCUAAAAGACCUACAACUGCUCCAGCUGGGUCCAAGAAACAAACAGCCACAAGCUCAUCUCACUCAACGAAAAAUAUAUCCAGUGCCCCUUCAAUUUCCCGGCAGCAAUCGGACCUCACCGGUCUCAAACUGAAAACCCUUCACAAAGAAUUCCUUCGCAAUGAAAAACUCAAAUCUAAACCAAUUUUAACAGACCCAAAUCCAACUCCCCCAGAAGCUAGCGUCCCUCCUCAACCGGAAGAAGCUGUCAGUGCCAUCCAGUUGAACAAAGUGGACAUGAACAUUCAAACUAAUCUGGUAUCGACAACCAUCGAGAGUCUCUACGCGAGCUGUGUCGGAGACCAACAGCGCCGGGGACUAUCCGUCUAUGAGGACAUCAGGGAUUACGGUUCCGGCGAUCAUUGCUCCGAGGGAGAUGUUAGUUCCAGCACUUCCGUUGGAGGAAACAAAAAGAGUGGAAACGUCGUUCCGAGAACGGAAAUUAAUCUCUCCAGCUGUGAUGAACUCGAAGAACGGGAAGAUUUGGAAAGUGACGAAGAUCAACGAAAGCUGCUGGAAGAGCAGGAAAGUCUUGAGGCGCAGAUUAGGGAGCUCCAAAAUACAGAAAUCGACGUUGAUACCGAAACGGACGAAACCGAUUGCGAGGCCAUUAUCGAUCUCGAGGACAACGAAAUUAGUGCCGAGAAUUUGGAACCAAUUUCCGCCAACGGUUUGUUCGAUGACGAGAUGACUUUGGAGAUGCGCUACGAAGCGGUUUUGGCUGAAAUGACUUGGGUGGAAAGAGCACAAACUUUGGCAACUUUACAGGCUCUGGUAGCUAGGCACCCAGGACGAGCUCAGCAGUUGCACGCAAAGCUUUCCAGUCCAUCUAGGCGUCGAUCCUUACAUGAAACAUUGAAAAAAUAUCAGGCCAAGCAAACGCGAGCUUCGGAAAAACGUCUAGCCCUCCAGAAAGAAAAGGCUCAUAAGAUCCAGCAGUUGUUGACACGAGUCGAAGAUGUGAAAGCAGCCAAACAACAGCUGAUCGAUAAGAAGCGGCUUCGUAUGGAGGAAAGGUUGCAGCGAGCCGCAGAAAACCGUUCGCAAUAUUUGAAGGAUAAGAUCAAGAAAGCUCACGAUGAAGAAGCAAAGCUUAAGGAAAUUGCCUUCAUCAAAAACCUGGAAGCCCAGAAUAAAAGGCUGGAUUUUAUAGAAUCCUGUAAAGAACAGGAAGUUCGGUUGCAAGAUUUGGAGACCGAACGUCAGAAAAAAGUUGAAGAAAAGGCUGCCAAGGAAGCCGCUGUCGAACGCAGAAGGCAGGAAAUUGAACAGGAAAGGCAGAAAAAACUUCAGAUAAUGAGUGAGAAUAGGCGGGAACGAGAAAAGAGGGUUGGAAAAAUGCAAGAGCAGAAAGAAAGGCAGCGACAGGCCUUGGCCAGGGAAAAAGCUCGCGACAGAGAAGAACGAUUACUGGCCCUUCAAGCACAGCAACAAGCUACAACAGAAGAACUACAACGUAAAAUAAUUCAAAAACAACAAGAAUCCGCCAGACGCCAUGAAGAAAACAUCGAACACAUCCGGCAACGGGCGGUUGAAUUAAGUAUCCCUACAAGAAAUCCAGACGAAAUCAGUUCCAACAAACAAGAUCAGGAUGAAGACAAUCUUAGUGUAAGUGAUAAAGGAAAAGAAGCUGGGGCUGCUAAGCAGAAUAAAAAGCGCAUCAAAAAGUUACGCUUACGUAUGGCUCAGGCAGCAGAAGAGUACAUCACCGAACUUCAGCCAUUGGCACCCCAAAUCCGUAAGCAAAGUCAGGUGCCCAAACUCCUCAACACCAUCGUCAAAGGUGGUGGUCCACUGGGAGUCGAACGACCUCUCGGCCAGCUGUUGCGGUUAAUGGCAAAGGCAGAAGUCGUGGACUUCCAAUCCAUGUGGCUACUCGAUGGACUGAAAACCAUCUCAGAUGUGAUACAGCAAGGAAUGGAUCCCAACACGGAAAUAUCAAAGCGGGCUGUGGUGAUUUCGGUGCAGCUGUACCGUAAUGCGUGCUCUCUGUGUCCGCAAAUUUCCCGGCAUGCCAUUCUGGGUAACACCAUCACAGUAUUAUUGGAUGCGCUCUACAUCAGCUUGAAGACGCCGGAGGAGAAGUGUCCUUUGUACCCGGUCGAAUUAUCCACGGAGCUGAUUCUGGCCUGCACCGUAGCACUUUCCCCGACCAACUCACUCAAGCAGACACACCCAAAGGUUGUGGAACGCCUUCCGGAUCUCAUAAGGUAAGUGGCGAGAGUGAAACGGCUCUAUGAACGCUGGGUCGUCUUUCUGGUGGUUUCUUUUCUGGCGCACGGCCGAUGUUC